UGAGUGUGCAUGCCUCCGACUCGCCGCUGACGAGCUGGCGCCGCGGCUGUUAGCUUCGUGGGUUAGCGUUCCUAGCGUCUUGCACACAUCCCCGACAAGCUAGCACCGGUCACACCGGACUUUCUUUUCAAACUAAGAGGCACCCGCGCCACUCGAGCCGUUCACUCGGCCGUCCUCGCGAGCAUUGGGGGCUUUUACUUUGAAAGCGACUACCAGAAAUGGUCCGCGUAGCCGUUGGUGGCUGACGAGCGCCCGGGCUCCCACUAUGCUGAGAUGGCAGCAAAGCUCUUGUACACAUGAAGCUCACGAGCAGCGAAUAAAACAUGUCAUUCAGAUUUGGGGCUUUGAUGAAGCGUAGCGGCCAGCCGUCUAGCGCCUAACCCCCCCCUCCCUUUCUUUACCAAACCACCACGUCACAGGGACCGCUCGUAAUGCUGAACCGCCACGGUUAUAGUAGGAAGGCUGAGCACGGGGAUUUCCUCGCCUGCUUGUUUGUAGGCGGGCAGUUUUACGCCACUUCCACGCGCUGAGGGAUCGCGGAUCGAGUCGUGGAAUGCCAAAAAAAGACCCGUGCGGCUGGGCGGCUCCGGAGAUAAAAUAGUGUUGUUGUUGUUGUUUUUUUGUGCCGAGGUGUCCAAUCUCUCGCGGCGGUUUGUCAACUCAUGCGCUCCUCGCCGUUCAAAACCUGCUGCUUCAUCACCUCAUUGUGGGGAGCGACGGCGCGCCGAGGCAGCGGUUCAGCGAGAUCAGACCGACCAGCAGCGCAGGUGGACGCGGCUCUCGUGGCAUGACUACCACAAACAAGGGAAACAAGGCCUUGAAGGUGAAGCGGGAGCCGGGAGAAAAUGGCACCAGCCUGACGGACGACGAGCUGGUGACCAUGUCGGUGCGCGAGCUGAACCAGCACCUCCGGGGGCUGACCAAGGAGGAGAUCCUGCAGCUGAAGCAGCGGCGGCGCACCCUGAAGAACCGCGGCUACGCCGCCAGCUGCCGGGUGAAGCGCGUCACGCAGAAGGAGGAGCUGGAGAAGCAGAAGUCUCUGCUGCAGCAGGAGGUGGACAAGCUGGCCACGGAGAACGCCAGCAUGAGGGUGGAGCUGGACGCUCUGCGCUCAAAGUACGAGGCCCUCCAGAGCUUCGCCAGGACUGUGGCCCGCAACCCCGUCACCUCGGCCAGGGGGCCCAUGGCCUCCGUCAUAGGGCCCCUCGUCCCGGGUAAAGUAGCCGCCACCAGCGUCAUCACCAUCGUCAAAUCCAAAACGGGGGCUAGGUCGUAGUGGCGGAAAAAGGCGGCAGGGAGUUUUUUUUUUUUUCAAGACUCAACUAGUCAGUGCAUCGUAACACGCCGGAGGACUGCCUGUGUAAGUGCUACGUUUUUUAACCCCGCUCGGCACUAACGCUAACAAUAUGCUUCCCAAAUUCACUGCCAGGUGUCUGACUCGGCAGUCCGUGCCCGUCUUCAAACACACCGUGCUUUAGGUUCAACACUACGGAAUUGUGCCGUUUAGGAGAUCCCGGGUCGUUUUUUGGGGGGGAGAAUGGCGACACGUUGGCGAUGCCGCCGCAUGUCAUUUUAAAAAGCAGUUUGUGGUCGCAGAUACUCAACAAGGUGAUGUCGGCUCCCAGAAGUACGAAGGAGAAUUCCGACUGUUAAUAGCUCGUUGAUGUUUGGAUAUUGUCAUGUGUCCGUUUUCCUUAAGACUGAGCUCUGAAGAUAUUUCCGUCCUGAGAAUUUGGCACUUAAGAACCCGAGUCAAGACCCUUUGAACCCCGUUUGCCUGUUAUCAUGCACUGACUUGAAUUUGGAUUAAUAACAAAACGGUCACAAGCUCUUGGUGUGAGUGCUAGAGAUGUCUUCGUAACGGCCCAAAACUAUUAAACCAGUCAAAUUUGUCGUUUUUGUUGGUUGUCUGUCUGUAAGCACGAAGUGGUGCUCCCAACUCGAGCAUUCAUUUCUGUUUACGUGUGACAGGCUUUAAAGAACUUGUCAUUAUCAAAAUGACCGGUAGAUGCAAUAAUAUAUGUAUGCACUGAAUAUACAAAGAGGUCUUGCAUAUUUAUGGUUAGUGGAAAUGUGAACAAUGAUCAGCAGUUCUUCUUCUGAGUGACAUUCCAAUAUGACAAGAUUCUUCACAAUACCUGAAUGUUAUAACGGUAAUAUCCUCUUGUUUUGUGGGGGCGGCGAGAUCCACAAACCUUUUCAAAACGUCUGUUUGUUGUUGUUUUUGCUCAUAGAGAAAAUAUGUUCAAGUUGUUUUGUUUAAAAUAUAUAUACAUAUAUAUAUAUUGCAUUUUUUGUAAUUACUUGUUGACAGGUCUGUUUCCAAAAGAAAGAAACACAAGCUUUACUGUUUGAAUUGUUAAGGUGUAGACAACUUUGUCAAAUGUUGAGUUCUUGGAUUUUAUUACUAGGUAGAUUACCUUCCAUUGUUUAUAGAAAUACUGAUAAUGAAAGAAAAAAAAUGAAGAAAAAAAAAAAAAAGUCCUGUGAAUCUUUUUGCAAUUGUACCGAAAGUGGCUUACUAUUGAAGUCUAAUAGCUUUUUUUUCUAGUGACUAGGCAGGUGCUGUGAGGUAGCGCGCGCUGUGAUGUGUAAGUGACAAGUUGGCAGUGUCGUCACUGUGUAGAUGUCAAUGCUGUGCUAUUUUCAAAACAACUCUGUUGAGCUAAACUAGGUGGUGUAAACAAGGUCAAUUGUCUUUGUGCGUAUUGGCAGCCGUGAUUUCCUCCGCUCCCUCGGUGUUAGUUACCAAUCACAUUGUCAUGAAGAGUUUCCCCGCGUCGAGCCGUGGGGGGGGGGGAGGAGCGGGCGACGUGGCGUCAGUGACUUUUCCCUGGAAGCUGUGCGAUGGACGCACGCGGUGCUGGAUGCCCUCUGAGCACAUCCUCUGGAACCCGGAAAUAAUUGACUUUAUCGCCUGGGAGAUUUCAUUAUCGUAUCCAUUCCAGCCUCUUAAUUGGUCGUAAUUAGAUCGUAGGAACGGGAAAUGAAUAACCUUUUCCAAACUUUGCUUUUGACGGACUAAGAUGAAAUGUGAAGUCUUCUCUUUUUGUAUUUAUUCAUUUUGUAUCUCACUUCCAAAUGCUGUCGAGGAUCUUUCUCGAGACCACAGCAGUUCGUACGGUCGCGCGUCACUGAACUCAAAGUGUGUCGCCGCCAUGUGGUGCAGCAGCACUGUGAAUUUACCCUCCGGUCACGGACUGUCCGAAUAAAAGCGCUUAGGGUUUGUAUGCACUAAACUCCUGCUUGUUUUGCUCAGGACAAAACAGGCCCCUCUCUUUAAAAAAGAACAAACCAUUCGAGAUGAGACAGAGAAGCUGGGAUGGAGGAAGCGGGAUUCAUUUUUUGUCUUUAAAAAAAAAUCAAUAAAAGAAAUGAUUAAA